AUGGGUAAAUCUAAAGUCGCACCCAGACCAGCCACUUCUAUACCACGCUUAGAGUUGUGCGCGGCCGUCCUGGGAGUAGAAAUUGCUACUAUUAUAAGGGAUCAGCUAGACAUCAAUGCAGAUCAUUUCAAAUUCUACACGGACAGCAGGAUCGUUCUGGGUUAUGUGUACAAUCGCACAAAGAGAUUUUUAACCUAUGUAACCAACAGAGUUCAAAGAAUUCUAAGCUUCUCCAAAUCAUCUCAAUGGAACUACAUCCCUACGGACCAGAACCCAGCAGACCAUGGCACUAAAUCUACUAUCGACAGUGCACUGUAUGACUCAUGGCUCAGUGGACCAAUAGAAUGGCUACGCCUAGAAGAUACUGGAGAUGGUCCAGCCCCAACAUAUGAUUUGGUAGAUCCAACUAUGGAUUAG